CUCGGGUUUAUUGUUACUCCAAUAUUCUCCAUAAUCUUCACAAAGCUAUUCUCGGAAAGCGCGCCAAUUAUAGUUUCUGCAAUUCUUUGUGUCAUUCCUGUAUUUGUGCUUGAACGACUUCUGGAUAGGCAGUCGUACGAAGAGGUAGAAGCAGGCUUGUUUCGUACAGGCAACUUAAUGCGUAAAACAAAAUUUCAGCAUCAGCCAGAGGUUGGUGAAGGGUCCGGUAAUCACAUGAGUGUAACGAAUAUCGUUCGGAUAUUGAAUAAACCGGGAGUGCUUAAUGUUAUGCUUAAGAAAAAUGCUCCUAUCGUCCCAAUGCUCCUUAUAUUUUCAAUCAUGCAGCUUUACCUUAUCGACCAAUUCAAUGCUGAUGCACAAACAGGACAGCUCAUUCAAAUGAUGACAGGUAAAUUGCCAUAUGCCCUUGGUUCUAAGGUCUCAACAAAACCAAUACCGUAUUUCGUGUUUGUAUAAUG